ACUGAGUAGUGAGUACUGACAACACAACACAGCUCGAUUACUGUGCCAUUAGCCUAACUGCCCCAACACCUCACUCACUCCCCUCACACAGUUGCACUGCGCAAACCCUAAACUCCACCACUCUCUCUUUCUCUCGAAAACAUGUCGAGCGCCGAUCCCGAACACCGGGAAGAGGAUGAAGCACCCGCUCCGAUUCGACAAGGAUGGGAAUCAGUGGAAGGAGCGAGGCGCAGGUACCGUCAAGUUCCUGAAGCACAAGGCUACUGGCAAGGUUAGGCUUCUCAUGAGGCAAUCCAAAACCCUCAAGAUCUGCGCCAAUCAUCUCAUUUUAGCUACUAUGUCCGUGCAAGAGCAUGCUGGGAACGAUAAAUCUUGCGUCUGGCAUGCAAGGGACUUUGCUGACGGCGAACUCAAGGAUGAGCUCUUCUGCAUCCGAUUCCCUUCAGUUGAAAAUUGCAAAAGCUUCAUGGAAACAUUCCAAGAAGUUGCAGAGUCCCAGAAGAAAGAAGAAGGAGAAGAAGGAUCCGCAGCAGCUGGUCUUCUUGAGAAAUUGAGUGUUGAAGAGAAGACAGAUGCAAAGAAGAAAGACGAGAAGUCUGAGGAAAAAGAAUCCAAAACACAACAGGAAACUAAGGCGGAUGCAGAGAAGGAAGGUGAAGAGCCUGCUUCAUCAGCUUGAGUAUUAUUCAUUCACAUUUUACGGUACAUGGUUAAUAUGACAAGGUUAGGUGGUUGUGUUUGCCAUCACAUCUUGGGAUAGUGUCAUACUCGUUAGUCAUGGAAUUGUGUCAGAGCCAUGCAAUUAAUUGAGGUGUUUGUGUCCUCCUUUGAGUCUUCUUGUCAUCAAGCUUAAGUUAGAGUUGGGUUUGAAUUCUAAGGCUUGAGCACUCUGGGUCUGGGAGUUUUGAGUGUUUCUUUCAUUCUAUAUAUUUAUUCGAGUAACGAGUUAUCUUGGUCAUGGUCCGGCACUCUGUAGGGAGCAGUCGAGAAACAAAGUUAUAAACAAAGGUUUUGGAUACAAAUUGUUUGUUUUCAAGAAAUUUUAAAGUUUCAAAGCUACAACAUAGUUUUGCCUGCA